AUGGUGACUCUCCCUGUUCUAACACUGCCUGAUUUUUCUCUACCAUUUGUAAUCGAGACAGAUGCAUCAGGAUAUGGAAUAGAAGCUGUUCUAAUUCAGACAAAGUGGCCCAUUGCUUUUUAUUGUCAUACUUUGGCUAUGAGAGAUAGGGCAAAACCAGUUUAUGAGAGAGAGCUGAUGACAGUUGUUUUUGCUAUCCAAAGAUUGAGGCCAUAUAUGUUGGGGACAAAGUUUAUGCCAGAGCUGGAAAAUAAAGCAGCAAAUGCCCUUUCCAGAUUGCCAUCAGUUGCGAAAUUGUACAAUUUGACAGCUCCAACUAUUGUUGAUCUUGAAACAAUUAAGGAGGAGCUGAAAAAGGACCACAGAUUGCAAAAGAUAAUAGCAGAAAUGAGUGGUUUAGGAGAUGGAUCCAAAGGAAAACGGUUGUCUAAGGCUCAUGGUUUUGAGGUGAUACUUGUUGUGGUUGAUCGUCUUAGCAAAUAUGGGCACUUUCUAUCACUCAAACAUCCAUAUACGAUCAAAACAGUGGCUGAUGUGUUUAUAAAAGAAACUAUGAGAUUGCAUGGUUUUCCUUCAUCAAUAGUUUUAGACCGAGAUAAGGUUUUUCUCAGUCACUUUUGGAGAAAACUUUUUCGUCUAGCAGGGACUAAAUUGAAUCGGAGUAUAGCCUAUCAUCCUUAA